AUGGUAUCGGGCGGUGGUGGAGGUGCAGAAUGGGAGAAAAAUACCGGAGGAAACGGUGGUGGCCUUCAAGGUGGAUCUGCCAAAUCCGAUUGCACACAUGCACUUUUUCAAUGUCCUGGAUUCAUAUCAGGCGGAGGAAGCCAAACAUCUGGAGGAACUGCUGCCCCAACUAUGAACAAAGUCUCUGGUAUUCCUGGCUUGUUUGGAAUGUCUCCGAUGAAAUAUUCAUCGCCUGAUUUUGGAGCUGUUGGCGGUAAUGGGUAUUAUAAUGGUGCAUCUAUAGACUUUGCCGGUGCUGCCGGUGGAGGAAGUUCCUUUAUUUCAGGACAUAAAGGAUGCAUUGCUCUGAAUGGUCCUGCCGAUGAAACUCCAAGUCCUUCAAAUUCGCCUAUCCAUUAUUCUGGACUCUUAUUCACGAGAUCGACGAUGAUUCAAGGCAAUAAAUCAAUGCCGCUUUACUAUUCUCCGAAGGCACGUGGCAUUGGCAACAAGGGAAGAGGUGCUAUUCGUAUCACUAUUCUUCCUAAUGAGAUCACUUCAGAAAAUCAUUAUAUCUUUCGUUCAGACAUUUCUUUAGUUCUUUAUUUAGGUUUUAGUUGUUAG